AAGUAAAUCCGUCCUCACGUGUAACCCAAGUGACCUCAGGUCUAUGCGUGCUCUCUGGCUGUAAGUCAUUGUGAAGCUCUGAAACAUCACUGAGGGCUUUUCACAAUUAUAAUAUAACAUUUAUAGCGAAAAGUGACUAGUGGCAUAUUUAAAUGGCCGAGAUCCAGGAGCUCUCUCCAGACUCUGGCAGUGGGGAGACACGACCCCCCGAAGACGAGAUCGAGGGUGAUGAUGAGGACGAAGAGUUGGAUGAAACCCUGUUGGAGAGGUUGUGGGGUCUCACGGAGAUGUUUCCAGAAUCUUUGCGAUCAGCAGCUGAAGUAUCCGCACAGAGUUCGCUGUCUGUAGCCAAAAAACUUUACAGUUUCUCCCGCUCAGCUCUAUGGGUCGGUACUACUUCCUUCAUGAUUCUGGUUCUGCCAGUUGUAUUUGAGACUGAGAGGUUACAGCUGGAACAGCAACAACUACAACAGCAGAGACAGAUUUUGUUGGGUCCAAAUGCUGGCAUGUCUGGAGGAAUGCCUGGAAUGAUGCCUCCUGCUCCUGGGAAGCUGUGAUGUAUAUAUUGUAACAUCCGUGAGUUGUAGAAGAAGAAGGAGAAAGAGAGAGGGAGCAAGAACUGGAGAAAGAAAGAAGUCGUUACUUUGUAUAGUUUCUGUGUACACUGGAGACCUUGAUAACUUUUAUGAACUUCCCUCUCUCUCUGCCUUUCUCACAGAAACAUCCUGCACAUGUCGUCCAAGCUCUGAUAUUUUACUUUUUUUUUUUUAUUAUAGCUAUCUAAUAACAUUUCUUUCAGAAAGAGUCUAUAACAGCUGUUGGGGAAAACUUUGACUGUGUUGUAGGUGCAUUAUAUUUCUAAGAGAGUGUUUACGGUGCAGUGUGGGCCAUAGUAACACCGGAUCAACACUGACGUGCAGAGAAUCUAUAACAGCAUUCAGCGUUUAUGAGGGCACGCAAGGCCAAUAUUGAUUGUGAAAUUUUCUUGGUCUACAGAUUAUGUUUUUUUUUUUUUUUUUUUUUUGUUCCUGUUCCAUAAAUGUUAAAACCUUUAGAAGUGGUUCUCUGCCAACAGUGUCUUUUAAGGUGAUGGUACACUGGUUAACUUUUUUUUGAGCAAUGUUGCUUGGGCCACUUUCCCAUUAAGAAUGGGCAGCAGAUUUCUUGAUACUUUAGAUCGUUUAUGUGCCCUGUGUCUCAGCUGGUUGCCCAUUAACAGCAACAUUGCUCAAAAAGUUGCCCAGUGUAUCAUCACCCUAAACUAAUACCAUGCAAAGCUACUGCAAUGUUAUUCCUCAGACAAAAGCCAUACAGUGUGCAGAACCGUUGUGAAAUAAUUAAGAAAGAAUGUUUGAAAACAGUGUACUUCAGUGAAUAAUAAUGUUUGCUCCACAUGACAGGAAUAAAAACAAGUUCUCCAA